AUGCGAUGUUAUUGGCCAACGCUGGACAAAAGACUUGCAAAAGUGUUUGCGUGGUAUACAGGUAACUACUUGGUUGAUUAUUACCCUGUGUUUAUUGCAAUUCCUCUGUUGGUUACGGGUGUACUAGGGAUGGGCUUUAUUUGGAUUGAACAAUUAACAUUACUUAAUGCUAAAAAGCUGUAUACACCAACAUCAGCACCUGCUUGGAAAGAAGAAAGAAUUAUGCGUGAGUUAUGGCCUAUUCGUUUCGAAGAAUUUCUACCUGAACGAACAUUUGAAUGGAAUCGUUAUUUGUAUGUGGUAGUACAUGGACGCAAAUAUCCAAAUAAUACAUAUCCAAACAUUCUGGAUGCACUAUUUUUGGAUGAAAUAGAGUUGUUAGAAGAAAGUAUUGCAAUGAAUGUAUCAUUUAAAAUGAAGAAUAAAUGGCGAGCAAAUAGUACAAGAUUGUUCAAUGAUACCAUUUAUUACCAAGAUAUUUGUAUGAGUUGGUAUGGAGAGUGUUAUCGUCAGACCAAUUUAAUAAAACUGCUUCAAAAUCGUUAUCAAUUAGAAAAACAUGGUAUUGAUAUUACUUUUCCACGUGCUAAUACUGGUGGCACGCCUGUAUAUUUGGCUUAUAAUAUUGGUGGUGUCAAGGUGCACGAUAAUGACACAAUCAAGUCUGCAGAGGGUAUGCGUUUAUGGUAUUUUUUGCGGUUUGAUAGCUCAGAAUUUGAUGAGAUGGCAAUUGCUUGGGAAGACGCAGCAGCUGAAUACAUCACGCAAAACUUUUGGAAUAACUCACUGAUUGAGGUUCAUAUUCAGCAUUCUCGUAUUAUCGAUCAAGGGCUUACACGCAAUGCUAAUCGUCUAAAACCAUAUUUUUCUGUUACUAUUAUUGUGCUAAUUAUCUUUACCACUUUGAAUGCAGUUAAAUUGAAAUAUUCUGAUGACAGAGGAUUAUGCUUUGUGUGGAUUGACUGGCUUCGAUCAAAGCCACUGCUUGCUUUGAGCGGUGUUUUAUCAUCAACGUUAGCAAUUAUUAGUGGUAUUGGUUUACUUUUAUGGUGUGGAAUGUUUUUCGCCGAAAUUACUCUUGUUGCUCCAUUUUUAGUUCUUUCUAUCGGUGUAGAUGAUAUGUUUAUAGCGGUAUCGGCAUGGCAUGACGCGGAAAAAAUAUAUCCUGGUGAUUAUUCUAAAUUACUCAUUUAUAGAAAGAUUUAUGUUCCAAUUUUAUUGGAUAUACGUACAAAAAUCAUCGUCUUAGCAAUUUUCAUCAUUUACCUUGCGUUAGCUACAUAUGGAAUUAUUGGCAUGGAGCAAGGCUUGGAUUAUGAUAAAUUACUAAUUAAUACAGAUCCGGUUGUGCGCACAAUUGCCAUUGAGCUUGAGCUGUUUCAUGGUGGUGAUCAGGUCGAUAUUGCAGUAGUAAAAGCACCUGAUAUGACAAAACCUAUAAAUCGCAAACGGAUAGAUCAGAUGAUUUACGACUUUGAAAACAUGCGUUUUGCAAUUGGACCGAAAGCAACGCAAGUUUGGACUCGUGAAUAUCAAAAAUAUGCUAAUUUGACAAGUGUGUAUCUUCAAGAUAAUCAUGAAUCUUGGGUUGAAGGUGUAUAUCGGUGGUCAAAACUUUAUGCAUUUUACAAAUUAUGGUCACAAGAUUUUGUUUGGGAAAAUGAAGGCGAUCCAGAAAACUUAACUCUGAAAUCAUUUCGGUUUCGCAUUGGCAUAUCAAAUUUUAGUGGUGCUAGUGACUUAGUGAUCGAAUCACGAAUACUUCGAACAAUUGCCGCAAAGUAUGAUGAUAUGCAAAUUUUCACCUAUGAAUAUAGUAGGAUGAUUGCUGAUCAGUUAAAUAUAAUUUUGCCAAAUACACUGCAAAAUGAUAGUAUUGCGGUCAUAGUACUAGUCAUCAUUUCUUUGUUGUUUAUACCAGGCCCUUUAUGUACAUUAUGGAUUUUUAUCGCAAUUAUUACAAUGGAUAUUGGUGUCAUUGGUUAUCUUUCAUUAUGGAGUGUUAAACUAGAUCCUAUAUCAAUGGUAACUAUGAUAAUGGCAAUUGGUUUUUCCAUUGAAUAUUGUGCGCAUAUCACAUAUGGUUUCGUAUGUAAUCCAAAAGAUUUAUCACCAGUCGAUCGGUGUAUUGAAGUAAUGGAAAAGCUGGCAUGUCCAAUUAUAUCUGGCAGUUUGUCGACAAUAUUGGGUGUUAUGGUGCUUGCAUUUAUCAAUUCUUAUAUGGUGCUUGUGUUUUUCAAAACAAUUUUCUUAGUAAUCACAAUUGGUGUUUUUCAUGCUCUCAUAUUGUUACCCAUAAUUUUAUCUAUCACUGCGCCGACUAACGAUCGAAUUAAUCAAAAAUAUUGGAUCCCAAAAUCAAAUGCUGACAAAAGCAUCAAGUUUAUUUCUGACGAUCUGAUUGGCAUUCACAGAGUUACAAUUGGCAUAAAUUUCUGUUGA